GGCGUGAAGUCGUGAAGCAAUGAACAAACUACAGACAGAACUGAAGACUGAAGCAGCGAUGGGCGACAACGGCGAUGGCUUCUCUGCGAGGUUGAAAAUGAAACCCUAAGUGCCUAAGCCUGUUAAAGGAAACCGAUGAACUUACACUGAAGUAAUUAAUAAGGAGAGAAAAUAUUAUUUUUUACCAAGUAAUUUUUUCAUACAAUCUGUCUAAUCCAUCAUAAAUUAUUUAACCUAAUCCGCUUAUCUAUUUUAUAACACUUACUCACCCUUGUUUUACAUUAAAAAUAUAUUAAACAUGUGGAGGGAAACAUUCUGAAAUUUCAUCCAUAAAACAACUCCAUCCAAGAGUCUCCAUUUAUAUAUAUAACCCUACACCUUCAUCCUAAUAUUGUGCCCACUGCCCACUUAUCCAAACAAAAAUGGCACUGGCCGAGUUCAGCGGCGUCGGUCACGGGACAGAGAUGAGAGGCUUUUGGGUGCAAGUCCUUACCAGCCGGUGGUUCAUGGUCUUCGCGGGCUUUCUGAUCAUGUCCGUUGCCGGCGCCUCCUACAUGUUCAGCCUCUACUCAAACGACGUCAAAUCCUCCCUGGGCUACGACCAAACCAGCCUCAAUCUCUUCAGCUUCUUCAAAGACCUCGGCGGCAACGUCGGCGUCCACUCCGGCCUCAUCAACCAGGUCACGCCGCCGUGGGUGGUCCUCGCCAUCGGCGCCGCCAUGAACUUCCUCGGCUAUUUCAUGAUCUGGCUCGCCGUCACCGCACGCAUCCCCAAACCCCAACUGUGGCAUAUGUGCCUCUACAUUUGCAUCGGCGCUAACUCCCAGUCCUUCGCCAACACCGGCGCUCUCGUCACCGCCGUCAACAACUUCCCCGAGAGCCGCGGCGUCGUUUUGGGCCUACUCAAAGGAUUCUUCGGCCUCAGCGGCGCCAUAAUUACGCAGCUCUACCACGCUUUUUACGAUGACGACUCAAAGUCUCUCAUUCUACUAAUUGCCUGGCUUCCCACCGCCAUAUUCUUCUUCUUUAUCAGAACUAUCAGGAUCAUGAAGGUCGUCCGACAGGCCAACGAGCUCAAAACAUUUUAUCAACUCCUGUACAUAUCCCUCGGCCUCGCCGGUUUCCUCAUGCUCAUUAUCAUCGUACAAAACAAGUUCAGUUUUACCAGAUUAGAAUACGGCGCAACUGGCUGUGUAGUCCUCAUACUACUAUUUCUCCCACUAGCCGUUGUAAUAAAAGAGGAGUUUUAUCUUCGGCAGAGCGAAACAGUAGCAGCUCGAAAUCCAGUACCCAUCGAGUCUCCGCCACCUCUACCACCGCCGCCUCGGCUGACGGCUGCGUCGGCCAUACCUCCGAUGAUUUCAGAGAAGGCGGAGAACUCCUGCACGGCCAGCAUAUUCAACCCGCCCCCCAGAGGCGAAGAUUACACCAUUCUCCAAGCCCUCUUCAGCGUCGACAUGCUGAUACUUUUCGUCGUGACGACGGUAGGAAUCGGCGGAACGCUGACGGCGAUCAACAACCUGGGCCAGAUCGGAAAAUCCCUUGGCUACCCGGAGCGCAGCACCACCACGUUCGUGUCGCUGGUUAGCAUAUGGAACUACCUCGGACGCGUCGUCGCGGGGUUCUCCUCCGAAAUUUUCCUGACAAAGUACAAAACCCCGCGCCCCCUAAUGCUCUCGCUCGUGCUCUUCAUCUCCUGCCUCGGCUACAUCCUCAUCGCCUUCGGAGUUCCCAACUCGCUCUACUUCGCCUCUGUAAUUCUCGGGUUCUGCUUUGGCGCGCAGUGGCCGUUGAUGUUAGCCAUCAUAUCAGAAAUUUUCGGGCUCAAAUACUACUCCACACUGUACAAUUUGGGGGCGGUGGCGAUCCCGGUGGGGUCGUAUAUUUUGAACGUGAAGGUCGCUGGGCAUCUAUACGACAAGGAGGCUUUAAGGCAGAUGAAAGUUGUGGGGAUGACGAGGAGGAGUGGGCAAGAUUUGAGCUGCACGGGCGUGAGGUGUUACCGCCUUUCAUUCAUUAUAAUAGCGGCAGCGACGCUGUUUGGGUGUCUUGUUUCGUUAAUUUUAGUGGUUCGGACCAGAAAAUUUUAUGGGGGUGAUAUCUACAAGAAGUUCCGAAAGGAAGCUGAAGCCGAUCGUGAGGCGCAGAUGACUGUCGUUGGAAAUGGUAUUGACGUACUGGUGAGAGACAUGGAUUACGGUACGGGCGAUGCUGCCGGAACUGGCAGCGGCGGCGACGGUAUUGCCACCUCAAAUAACAACAACAGCCAAACUAAAUUAUAGGCUGACGUUGGUUAGUAAGUUAUAUACAGGCCUCGGCCAUGAACAUGAACUUGGGGUCUAUGUUGGAGACUGAGUCCCACUCAUACAUUGUAUGUAAUAUUUUAACUCUAAACUCGCUCAACUUCGUUUAAUUUUAUUAAGUGAAUUUAAUUUAAA